GGUACAGAAUUCUCAGAAUUCCUCGAUCGCCGCGCACUCCGCCGCGGUAGCUCGUCCGAGCAAGAACGGGUUGACCGAGCAGGCGACGAAAAAAGCGUAAAAAAAAACAAGUACUAAGAGUGUGAAUCUACAAUCGUACAGUCGUAAUAAAGUAAGGAUUAAAUUUGUUGUAAAGGGAUAGAAAGCUUGUUGAAUAAUUGACGCAGUCUCCCGCCAGUUUUGGUCCCGUUUAGCGGGACUCGUUGAGGUCCUGGAUUGAAAAGUCUAUUUACCAUGGCGCUGUGGACAAAAGCUCAGCAAUUGCCCCAGCAGGCUCUUGAGCAAAUAAGAUCUGUCUAUGGUGAACACUUUCCUAUUGAAGUACGUCACUUUUUAUCAUCAUGGAUUGAAGAAAAAAUGUGGACUGAUAUUGAACCAGAUAAUCCUCAAUAUGAACAAUACAUAACUAAUUUAGUUGCUUCACUGAUCCAAGAAUUAGAAACAAAAGCUGCAUCAUUGAACACAGAGGACCUUUUUUUGACAAAGCUAAAAUUAUUAGAGGCUGCUAAAACAUUCAGACAACGAUAUAGUUCAAAUCCUGGGACACUUUUUCGAAUAAUUCGUCAUUGUCUUGGUACAGAAAUGAAGUUGGUAGCACAGGCAGAAAAUCUUGGAGGAACAUUGAUGAGUAUAACGCAUGGAAGGGUUGGUUUGAUGGUUGGAGAUGCUGUACCCGAGAUAGACCAACAAUUAGAUGCUCUUCGUCGAAGAACUCAAGAAACUGGAGAAGAUCUGAGGAAAAUGGAGCAAGAACAAGAAGCAUUUGCUAUCAGUUAUCAUGAAUGUACAAAACUCAAUGCCCAUCUUCAACAAUUAGCUACUCAUCCUCAGAGUCAACAAAGUAUUGAAGCUGAGAAAAAAAUUCGCCGGCAGAAAGAUCAACAAGAACAAUUACUCAAUCACAAAGUCGCUAAUUUAAUGCAGCUUCGAUUGACACUUGCAGACAAGUUGAAGGACACGAUUAGCAGACUAAAUAGCUUACAGUCGCGAGUUUUAGACGAUGAAUUAAUCAGGUGGAAGAGACAUCAACAACUUGCUGGAAAUGGAGCUCCAUUUAAUAGUAAUUUAGAUGCUAUCCAAGAAUGGUGUGAAAGUUUGGCAGAGUUAAUUUGGUUAAAUCGUCAACAAAUUAAAGAAGCGGAAAGGCUGAAAUUAAAAUUAGCUCUUGAUCCUCCAGGUGUUCAGGAUAUUCUUCCCACCUUAAAUUCACAAAUUACUCAAUUAUUAAGCUCGUUAGUUACUAGUACCUUUAUAAUUGAAAAGCAACCACCUCAGGUAAUGAAGACAAACACACGAUUUACCAGUACAGUUAGAUUACUCGUCGGAGGCAAAUUAAAUGUUCAUAUGAAUCCACCUGUAGUUAAGGUCAGUAUCAUUAGUGAAGCACAGGCAAAUGCUAUGUUGAAGAGUGACAAAAUGGCUAAGAGUGGUGAAGCUAGUGGAGACAUUUUGAAUAAUACUGGAACUAUGGAAUAUCAUCAAGCGACACGACAGUUGUCUGUGAGUUUCCGUAACAUGGCAUUAAAGAAGAUCAAAAGAGCUGAAAAAAAAGGAACUGAGUCAGUGAUGGAUGAGAAGUUUUCUCUAUUAUUUCAAUCACAAUUUAACGUUGGUGGAGGAGAACUGGUGUUUCAAGUGUGGACACUGAGUCUUCCAGUGGUUGUCAUCGUCCAUGGAAAUCAGGAACCACAUGCUUGGGCUACUGUUACGUGGGAUAAUGCAUUUGCAGAACCUGGAAGAGUGCCUUUUGCAGUACCAGACAAAGUUCCUUGGGGCCAAGUAGCUGAAGCUUUGAAUGUUAAAUUUAGAUCUGCUACCGGACGUCCUUUGAUGGAAGAUAGCUUGCGAUUUCUUGCCGAAAAAGUUUUUAGAGGUGGUCACGGUGGUGGCGAUCAAGAUUAUUCGAAUGUUCUUCUUAGUUGGGCACAAUUUUGUAAAGAACCGUUGCCUGAAAGAAAUUUUACCUUCUGGGAAUGGUUUUAUGCUGUGAUGAAACUCACGAGAGAGCAUUUAAAAAGUCCCUGGAAUGACGGAUGUAUUCUUGGAUUUAUCAGAAAAAAACAAGCUGAAGAAAUGCUUGCCAGUUGUCCUUCUGGAACUUUCCUCAUGCGGUUUUCGGAUUCGGAGCUUGGAGGAGUUACUAUCGCUUGGGUUGGAGAUCAAACUGAAGUUUUUAUGCUUCAACCAUUUACGAGCAAGGAUUUCGCAAUUAGAAGUCUGGCCGAUAGGAUUUCUGAUCUCCAACAUCUACUAUACCUUUAUCCAGAUCGUCCAAAAGAUCAAGUUUUUUCUAGAUAUUACACACCAUUUGCAGAAAAUCAACCAACUACAAACAAUGGAUAUGUAAAACCUUUAUUGGUAACACAUGUACCUGGAUGGGGUGGUCCAUGUGUCGGAGGUCAAACACCAUCUCAUUCAUCAAUUGUCGGAGUUAGUGGUGGUAGUCAAGGUGGUCCUGGUGGUAGCUAUCCAGCAACACCUUCAACAAUGUUUCAAGCACACAGUCCAGAUCCAUCAGUAACUCGAGAUACUCCGUCUGUUGCGUCUAGCUACGCUCCGGGACUCGGUCAGUCAAGUGUCGGACGACCAAAUGACAUGGAUUAUGUGGAUUUAAUGGGCCAUGGUGAUUUGCCUUCCAUCGAUGAGAACCUCAGCUUGGAUCACCUCAAUGGCUUCGGAUUUACUGACUUUAUGCAGUCGUACAAGCCCCAAUAGGUAUGUACGUGGGUUUAUUAUUGUUGCACAACCAAAAUAGCCUUUAAAAAUACAAGAGAUUACAUUAUAAGAAUUAGGGAUGGUAAUGGUCACUUGAUAAGAAAUAAAUUAUUUUUAUUGUUCCUUUUUUUCUUCGUUUUUUCAAUAUUCUGUUGAGUGCAAUAUCACCUCUUGGUGCUGCUGUUUUUAUAUUUAUACUUUUUAUCGUUGUUUGAAAUAAGAAAAAAUAUAUUUUACACGUACUUUAAAAAGUUUAUAACAAUUUUUUGAGAUAAGAUAUUGCAACUGAGGCUUUUUUUUAAGUGAUUCAUUACUUUCCCUAGAAUUAUUUUUAUGCUGUAGGCAACAUGACGUUUGUUAAAAAUAUUUGAAGAUAAAAGAAAAAAAAUUAUGAAAAGAAUAAUAAUUUUUGUUAAUUAUAUACAUUUAUUUUUUUGUCCCAAAGUGUAGAUACAGUCUAUAUUGUAAUAGUUUUUAUUAAUUAACAUUUUUAACCAAGUUUUUUUAUUCAUUAGAUAUUUUUAUCUUUUUUUGUUCAAUUGACUGUACAGAGGUUUGGGAAUUUUUUUCUAAGUUUUAUGUUAUAUUUUUAUGUAAUAAUUGUUUAUGAAAAAAAAAUAUUUCGAUACUAUUUUUGACUUUCAUUCGACUUCAUCAAUUUAAAACAAUUCAAUAACGAUUUCUGUAAUUUACAAAAAUAAUAAUAAUAAUAAAUGUUGACGUUAGAAAUUACAAAAAUUUUUUGACAAUCAUGUGCCUUAGAUGGAAAUAAAAAUUUUAAAAAUCGUUAGAACUAUUCGAAAUUUAUUGACACUUUUUGUGAUAUAGAAAAUAAAAUAAAAUUGUUAAAACUCGGCUAUUCUUACAAAAUCGAAAAACUAUAAAAAAAA